AUCUCAGGCAAGCCAAUCCAACAUCAAUCAUUCACCACUAAAGAAGGAGCUGAACAAGCCUUGGAACAAUCACACAAGGCACUAGCCAUGAAGAAACCAGUAUCAUCAUCAGAAUGACCAUUCAAGAUGAUUCUGAAAAUCCCCAGCGUAAAAAAGAUCCCAACCACAAAGGAAAAAUAAGAAAUCAAGAAGUCAACAUUCUAGACAUUCAACAUCAAUUGGAAUAUUUUAGUCAACUACGAAGAAAAAUACACCACCAUGGGAUUUUAUCCAGUUAUUAAAAGGAGGACCUAAGGUCGUUCUCACAGAGAAAGCCUCACCAUUGCUAGUCCAUGAAUUCUAUCAGUAUGGACUAAUCGACACCAUCUACACUACCACUAUGAAAACCUUUGAAGAAUUUCCAAUCAAGAUUAAGGUAAUUAACGAAAGAUAUUUCAAAUCCUUUGCAAAUGGAAGAGAAAUAUUCCUUAAGUACACAUCAAGUUACCCAAUAUUUGAUGAAGAGAUCAUAUCCUGAAGACAAAAGCAGUAAUUAAAAUCAGAGUAUCAAACAGUGGCUAUCCAACAAGGGACGAUCUCAGAGACUACGAAAAGAAACCAGAUUAUCAUAACAAGGGAUUAAUGACUGCCUGCGGAACAUUAACCAACAUCAACCCUGAAAGCAAUAUCAUGGUUAACUAUAGUAGCAAUAACAUUAUCAUCAUCAGUAGUAUACAGAAUAUAAUAUCAGCAGAAGAAUGGACAGUUGUUACAAAGAUGACGGAAGAUUUCACAAAACUGGAAGGAUCACUGGCCCCAUUGCUAGAAAAUGUUAAGAGACAGCUGUGUGAUGCACUCAGUUUUUAUGAGAAUCACCUUUGUACCAUGUGCACAACAUCCCGUUCCAGUGUUAAAGACUAAAGAAGAAUCAAGGACAAUAAUGUGGGAAAAGAGAAAUUGGGUGGCCAACUACCCUUAAACUUCAACAAUUGUAUCUUUUCAUUAUGCCCUACUGCUAAUGGCUUUAUGCACUUUGUGAUGUAAGCAAUGACGAUUUCUCGCUACCCCUUCCACUAUAAAUAAGGGAGUGAUGACUCGGUAUUUGCACAUGUUUUCCCCUUUGUUUCUUGAUUGUUUGAGCUUGAAUUAUUGCGUCUUUGGCCUAUUUUAUGCUAGGUUGUGUUCCUUUGUCACAUUUCAGGUCCUAGCACAUAAAGUGAAGCAUAGGCGCAAGUUUCAAGUCAAUCAGAGAUCAAUUGACGAUUCGAGAGAAGAAACUCGGGCAUGACCUGAAGAGGAAUGGAUUUCUACCUCACUUUAUGGACAAAGAAUGCAAGCUUGUUAUGAAACGAAAGAGGACAAGACUACGAGCGUCUGGGAUCAAACGGCGACUGAUUCGGAGUCUGGACGAGGGAGAAACAAAGCAUUAAACAGAGGCUGAGCAAGUCACACGGGCAGAGCAGAAAAUCUACACGGCCGUGCAAGGUGAGCUGCACGGUCGUGCGACCCUGGCCGUGCAAGAAGCCUGGAAUUCAACUAAUUGAUACGCUGCCUUUUGACUCGCACGGGCAACUGGAUGAGCUGCACGGCCGUGCGGCCUGCCCGUGUGAGUCGGGAAUUGCUGUUUAAAACCCGAUUUUCAGCCAAAGGAAAGGGGAGAGCUGGGUUUUGGAUCCCAAACACCCAAGGGAGGAACCAAAAAGAGAGAGGGCGAUCUGAGGGAAUUCUAAGAGUGGAAUUGGAGGAUUUCUUCGCCUUGGAAGCUCGAGGAACAAGCCCGGACUUGAAGACUGAUCAUCUGAAGAUUCUUACUGCAGUCUCUUUCUUCUCUAUGGAGUAACUUCCCUUCACUUAGGUUUUGAGGAACCCUAGCUAUGUUUGUUUGAUUGGAUGAUUGUAUGAGUACUCUGACUUGAUAAUCUUGAGUUCAUAUUCAAUCUAUGCAUCUUUUCAUGAUUCAAUUCUGCUUUAGUCGAGAUUAUUGAUUCUGCUUUGAUCCUAUGAGAGGGAAUACCUGAUUAGGUCAAUAGAGCACCAUAGAUUGAUAGUAGUGGAUCGAUUGCUUUAGUCGAGGGUUGAUUCACUGCUUUGUAUCGAUUGAGAACCUCAUUCGAUAGAGGGAAUCUAGUUCAGAACGCCUUGAUCGGUUGUUCUAGAGAAGGAUACGUCCCUCUAGGCAAUUGACUCAAGAGGGCCUUGUUCCUUUAGUCGAGACUCAAGGUCUAGUCAAGGAUUCUCCGCAUUGUGAAUGAAAGUGAAACAAGUUAGAAAUCAGCAAUCGUUAGUCUGGCUAGUGGCUAGGGGGAAUCAUACCUAAGUGAGUUCCCAACCUGUAAUUAGAUUAACUUUAACUGUAGUUUGCUAGAGUAGUUUUAGUUCUUUCAUCUUAAUCUGGUUUGCUAAAUAAUAAAGUGAAGCUGAGUAAUAAUAACUCUAGAGACCCGUGGAUUCGAUAUUUAUCACUUGAGCCACUAUACUACAGUCCCUUCCAUUGGUUCCACUUGGCCAUUGUUAGGUGUUGUGUCAUAGCGAGUCAAGUUUUUGGCGCCGUUGCCGGGGACUUUCUAGAGUAUUAGGAAAGACAGAAGUUUGUUACUUUAGAGUUUUUCUUUUCUUUUCUUUUCCACCCUUGCUUUUCACUUGGGUGUUUUUGUUUUUGUUGGUGCAGAUCUGAAUCAUGGAUCCUAAUGGCUUCUCCACUCAUUGGGGGUAUCCACCACCAUCCGGGUGGUAUUACCCCGAGACUCCCUGGAGCAAUCAAGGAGGAGAAGACUAUGGAUUCGGGUUCCAGUACCAACCCCCUUACUACGGAGAACAACCGGACCCCUGGGCAUAUCAAGAACAACCUCAUUACCAAGAAGAAUUUCUUCCACAACCAGAAGGGCCAUCGGCGCUGGAGUUACCCAUGGCGGCCUUCACGGGCCAUUCUGCAGAGCCAUGCUACACUCCACAGCCAGAUCCACACUACGAAUUAAGGCUUCUUAUGGAGAGAUCAUGCUCCAUGAUGGAUCAUUGUGUCCAGGCCUUUCGUGAAACAGAGGAGAUCCUCCUGAGCCUUAAGAAGAGUGUCGAUGAUCUUGAGCGAUCUUUGGCACAACCUGCUCCAGAUCACCCUUCUGCUACCAUACAAGAAGAGGAGGAGGACGAAGAAGGCUACAAGGACAUUGUGGAGCACACUGAAGUUGUCACGGAGAGCUCCCGUGAUGAUCAUGAUCAGGAGUGUCAUGUCGUAGCCGACCACACCUUCCCACACCCCAAACUGAGCUUUGAAGAGGCGGGCUUGAGUGAGGAGAUGCAAGAAGAUCUCAUGAAAGAAAUUGCUUGGCAACUUGCUCUCCAAUCCGUGCUAGAAGAAGAAGAGCAAGAAAGGGUGCAGAAAGAAGUUGUGGAGGAUGACGAAAGUGAAGCAAGAGGAGUUCUUGAUCAUUUCCCAGGGGUGAUACCACAUGAAGAAGGAAGGGAGGUUGAAGAAGACAUUUGCGUCCAGGCUGAGGAUGGAGUUAAGGUGGAAGAGGCCUGCACCGGCCAUGAGUUACAUGUGAUAUCUCCACCAAACUUCGAGGAACUGCUUAGCAAGGACCCAUUUGCAGUGUCUCUUUGCCAGACCAAGGUCACAUCAACAUCGGUCCCUCUUGGUGGACGCGAUGGUGGCCAAUCGAUGCUGUCAUAUCUGGUUUGGGGCAAUGAGACGAGAGAAGAGAAGAAGAGGUCUCGAGGGUGGAGACUUCAUCUGCAUCAAGUACAUGAGCCUUCAUCACCUGCCACACCACAUGCUCGUGAAUUGCGACUCCACCUCAUUGACGAGAACCUCAACUUCAAGGAGGUUCUAGCAUGGACCGAAACUUAGGAGCCAUCGUCCGGCUCACAACGUGAAAGAAGCGCUUGUUGGGAGGCAACCCAACCAGUAGGUUUGCAUAUCUUUCUCUAUUUCUCCUCGGUUGAGUCAGUUUUGCUAUUUGAUUUUAGAGUCAAUAACUCAACCUUUGUGAGAUUUUGUGUGGUGUUUGUGUCCUGAUUACUCUCUCUUUCUAGAAUGCCCCACCUGACACGUUCAUCAUCAUUCACCCUUGAUCUGGUAACUUCGUUCUACCCUCCUUAUCUUUCCUCCAUUGAGGACAAUGUCAUGCUUAAGUGUGGGGGGGGGGGGGGUGUUCGAUUAUUUAUGCGGGUGAAUGUUUGGCUGUUUGUGUGCUUGGAGCCUAGUCCACUGUCCAAAUUUUUAAAUUUGAGGGCUCCAAGUACGUGUUUCCUUGCAAAUUGCCUGCUCAGUAUGCUUUGAAUUGACAGUCUUUAUAGUAAUCUGCAACCUAGGGAGGUAGUGUAGCACUAUGGAGGAUGUUGAUGCAUUUAAGAAGUCUCAUUUCUUCUUCAUAUUGUGUUGGUUGAUUGAGUGAAUUAGUGAUCUUAGGACCCUUGAAUUUUGUGGUGUUGUGGAUUCUCUACCUGUCAUGGACUCUUGUAUCAUGUUUUGAAAAUAACAGGUGCUCGAAAAUGUGCUGAAAAAUAACGUCUCCCGUGCGAAUAGGGCGAAAGUGUGUAAGGGGAGACGGGAAUUCGUUCCCAAUUUCCACCUAAUACCUCCAGCCCCCUUACAUGUCUUUCCCCCGCACGAGGCUCGAGACAUCCGCUCCUGGCAUGGCCGGUAAGAGCAGGUUGGGACCCUUGGAAAAAAAAACCAGAAAACAAGCAAAACAGAAAAGAAAAGGGGUUCCAACCAUCUUCAAGAAGAAAAUAGAGCACCUUGAAAAAUGUGAGUCCAUGAUCUUUUGUUUUUGAGAAUCUCUUCAUCCACAAUUCAUUUGUCCUCUGUUCACUAUUUGCCAUGAUGCCGACUCGAUACUAGUGCUCUCGCCGAAGAAGCUAUGAGAUGACUUGUGUGUCGGUUGGCCUCGUAAGCUGCUAAAUGAUCUAGGAAGUACUCUACCUACGAUCUGGGUUGUUUGAUAGACCGUUAGUUACACAUGUUUUCACCCCUGUUCUUACACCCUUUGAGAUGUGGUUUCUCGUGUUUUAGACCGAUUUCACGCUAGGUUGUGCUUUUUUGGGAUAUUUCAGGUCCUGGCAAGUGAAUGAAGGUUUAGGAGCGAGUUCGGGGUCGAUUGGGCGAAGAUCGGGCACGAGGCAUGUCACAAAGGAAGUCGCACGGGCACACCCACAACCCACACGGCCGUGCAAGUGACCAGUUUGGCCGUGUGGGAUUGUGUGAGAGCAAACACGGGCAGAGCAGAAAAUCCACACGGCCGUGCAAGGUGAGCUGCACGGCCGUGCGACCCUGGCCGUGUAAGAAGCCUAGAAAUCAACUAAUCGAUACGCUGCGUUUUGACUCGCACGGGCAACUGGGUGAGCUGCACGGCCAUGCGGCCUGCCCGUGUGAGUCGGAAAUUGCUGGUUAAAACCCGAUUUUCAGCCAAAGGAAAGGGGAGAGCUGGGUUUUGGAUCCCAAACACCCAAGGGACGAACCAAAGAGAGAGAGGGCGAUCUGAGGGCAUUCUAAGAGUGGAAUUGGAGGAUUUCUUCGCCUUGGAAGCUCGAGGAACAAGCCCGGACUUGAAGACUGAUCAUCUGAAGAUUCUUACUGCAGUCUCUUUCUUCUCUAUGGAGUACCUUCCCUUCACUUAGGUUUUGAGGAACCCUAGCUAUGUUUGUUUGAUUGGAUGAUUGUAUGAGUACUCUGACUUGAUAAUCUUGAUUUCAUAUUCAAUCUAUGCAUGUUUUCAUGAUUCAAUUCUGCUUAAGUCGAGAUUAUUGAUUCUGCUUCGAUCCUAUGAGAGGGAAUACCUGAUUAGGUUAAUAGAGCACCAUAGAUUGA